ACCAACGUUACUGUCUCACAUACAACACCAUAGUCUUGGUGAUCAUUCUCUAACUCAUCACCAUGGAUGAAACCACAUUGUUCUUCCCACCUGACACAGACCUCGACCUCAGCUUCACCAGCACCACCACCGACCACACCUUCACCUCCUCCAGCGCCCGCACCAGUUUAGCCCGGACAAGCAGCCUUGCCCUUAGCUUCAACGACCGCCUAUCCACCGCAACCGCAUAUGCAACCGAUACCGCCUCCGCCGCCGUCACCCGCCGUCCCCACCGUAGCUCUGAUCCUCACUGGUCCGCCAUCAAGGCUGCUACUACUCUCUCCUCGGAUGGCCGGCUUCAUCUCCGCCACCUGAAGCUCCUCCGCCACGUUGGCUCCGGUAAUCUCGGCCGUGUCUUCCUCUGCCGCCUCCGCGACUAUGAUGGCGCGAACUUCGCUCUCAAGGUGGUCGACAAGGACCUUCUCACCCCCAAGAAGCUCUCCCACGCGGAAACUGAGGCCGACAUACUCCACGCGCUUGACCACCCCUUCCUCCCCACGCUCUACGCGCGUAUUGAUGUGUCCCACUACACGUGCCUCCUCAUUGACUACUGCCCCGGCGGCGACCUCCACUCCCUCCUUCGAAAACAACCCGGCAACCGCCUCACGAUCUCCGCGGCGCGUUUCUUUGCCGCGGAGGUCCUGGUAGCGCUUGAGUACCUCCACGCGCUUGGCAUCGUGUACCGUGAUUUAAAGCCUGAGAAUGUUCUGCUACGCGAGGACGGCCACGUCAUGCUCUCCGAUUUUGACCUUUGCUUCAAGGCUGAUGUGGUACCCUUGUUCGAAACGCGGGCCCACAAACCCAGCGCGAGUUCCACAAGCAGUUGUUUAAGUUGUAACAACUCUGCAACCACUGAGCGGGUGGUUGCAGAGUUUGUUGCUGAACCUACUACGGCAUUUUCAAGGUCGUGUGUCGGGACUCAUGAAUAUUUAGCGCCGGAGCUCGUAACCGGCAACGGUCACGGUAACGGUGUGGAUUGGUGGGCUUUUGGGGUUUUUGUUUAUGAGUUGUUACACGGGACGACACCAUUUAAAGGAUGUAGCAAGGAGGGCACCCUGCGCAAUAUAGCAUCAAGCAAUGAUGUGAGGUUUUAUGAGGUGGAAGGAGAGGAUGCAGGGAUGGCUGUGGCGAGGGACUUGAUAGAGAAGUUGCUAGUGAAGGACCCCCGGAGGAGGCUAGGGUGCGCCAGGGGUGCGACGGAUAUUAAACGUCACCCUUUUUUUGAUGGGAUCAAGUGGCCAUUGAUUCGGACUUACAGGCCACCGGAGGUGAAGGGGCUGUUGAGGAGGAACAAGUCACAUUUGAGUCACGUGACAAGUCAAAGGAGGAGAAGCUGGUGGAAGAGACUUGGGGAUGCCAUGAGGAACAAAGCAGAAAAAUAUAAUUUACUUUCAAAUUAUAGUAAUAAUAAUACUUAUUAUCACAGUGUUGAUAAUAAUAGCAAGAGUAGAUAAUGCAUGUGCAGUUGUGCUCCGUUUCAGUUUACAAUUGGAAAAUGGAGUUUGUAGAACACAGGAUAGCUAUAGUGUGCCAAUAGUUUUCAAUUUUGAGUGUGUAGUACUUUUUCACCAUACUGAUUGACUGUUUGUAUAUGAAUCAUAUCUAUACAUCAACCUGAUUCAUCUUUAAUUUAUGCCUUCA